ACAAUGCCGUCCGCUGAUUCUCCUGUCCUGGAAUGGUUUCCUCAAAACUUUUAUUUCUAUUUGACUGAAGAAAGAAAGACGUGAACAUCUUGGAUGACAUUGGUCCAGUUAGUGGUAGCAAUGCGCCAAAAGGUGGCUUGCCAACAUUACAAGAAUAAGACGAUGACACCAACAACAACAACGCAUCCCAGUAAAUGAGAGACUGAGGUGAAAUGCAACUUCAAAGAUGAUGUUUGUUAAGGAGGAGAGUAAGGACACGUGUGAUCCAGAGAACUACAGAAUAGAUAGUGAGCACGAAGAAGGCCUCGUGGAAGUGAAAGAGGAAAGUCAAAUUCUGAAUGAAGUGGAGGAGAAACAUCAGCAUCGGAAAGCUCACAAUGUCCUCACUGGAGAAAAAUCACAGACUUGCUCUCAAAAUGAAAACUGUUCCUUACAAAGCAGCACACAAACAACAGUCAGAAAGCCUUUCACCUGCUCUCUGUGUGGAAAACAAUGUGCCCACAGAGGUCACCUGAACGAUCACAUGUUAACUCACACCGGAGAGAAGCCGUUCACUUGCCCUCAGUGUGGAAGGAGAUUCUCCCGCAGAAGGAAACUUAAUGAUCACAUACUAAUUCACAAUGAAGAGAAGCCCUUCGUCUGUCCUCAGUGUGGAAAGAGGUACAAACGUAAUGAACACUUUCGAAGUCACUUACUAAGUCACGAUGGAGGCAAGCCCUUCACCUGCUCUCAGUGUGGAAAGAGUUUCAGUUAUAAACGAAGCUUUAAUGAUCACCUCAAAGUUCACACUGGAGAGUUUCUGCACACGUGCCUUCAGUGCGGAAAGAGCUUCCUGAAUAAAGGACACCUUAAGGAUCACAUAAAAAUCCACAGCGGAGAGCGCCCUUUCGCCUGCUCUCAGUGUGGAAAGAGCUUCAUCAGUAAACGAGACGUUACAUCUCACAUGAGAGUUCAUACUGAAGAGAAGCCUUUUAAAUGCCUUCAGUGUGGAAAGGGUUUUGCGUGGGCAAGCUGUCUGAAAAUCCACAUGCGCCACUCUCACUCGGAAGAAAGGGAGUUUACCUGCGAGCACUGCAAUAAAACCUUUGUGUUGGAGUCGUACCUAAAGAGACACUUGAAAAUUCAUCAAAACGAGAAACCCUUUGUCUGUCCGUUUUGCGGGAAAAGUUUUUUGUGGCUCCUGUGCUUCAAAGCGCACCAGAAAAUACACGAGGGUGUGAAAACCCAUGUUUGCUCCGAGUGUGGGAGAGCCUUUGCUACAGCCAACUAUUUGAUAAAACACCAAAAGGUCCACACCGGAGAACGGCCGUACAUGUGCUUAUAUUGCGGAAAGAGUUUCGGUAAGAAAGCAAACCUGGGAGAACACAUAAGACUGCAUACUGGAGAGAAGCCGUACACCUGCACUCAGUGUGGAGGCAGCUUCACCUCAGCUAAAGGUCUAAGUUAUCACAGAGGAAAGCAGUGUUCCCAAAGUGUGCCAAAUUCAUGCUCCGUUGAAAUCCAGAUAGUGUCAGAUAUGCCCAAAGUUUGCGUUUCUACCAAAAAAGCAAUUACAUCUACAACAUUAAGUGGCGAAUAAGCCCUCAUUCAAUGUAAAUGGCAGCAGAAAGUCUGUGCAUAUAGUACUUUAUUGUUAAAGAAAACUUUAAGGUAAAGAAUUAAAUCAGAAUUUUUUUUAGAACACAUAAAUGUAAAUAUAGACCUUAUGUAGCUCUGCCCCGUCGUCUUCUGUCUUCCCACAGCGUGAAGAACGUAUGGGUCGUACCACUCUUUUUAAAGUCUUCCCGGUCUACUGACAUCUGCAUUGAAGAUUACAAUGUACGUGGUAGAUUCUGAUUAGUCUAUAAUAAGUAAAUCCACUUCAGAUAAUUACUCUUCAACUGUGAUGCUACAGAGCUACUGCAUUAACAGAAGUUCAAAGAAAAUAAUCUAAAGAUGGCUGUGCACUUGUUUCUCUCACACAUAUGGUCUAUAGGUAUAUCAUAUAUUUAGAAAGGGCCAAGCAUAGUCAGUAUAGAUGCCUAGAGGAAUACAUACAUAAAAAAAAGCAUUUUUGUGCAUGCAUAUAUAUAUAUAUAUUUUUUUUUUUUUAUAAUUGUUAUGGUCUUGGUCAAAAGUAUGUAAAAAAGUUUUUUUUUAAUGAAGCACUUUUUUCUUUUUCUUUUGGUGCUACUCUUUCAUUGAAUUAAAUAUAGAAAUUGAAGUAUUUAGAAAAUAUGAUUACUCAGACUCUUUGGCAUGUUACACAGAAUUGCUCGUGUUUGUAAAUGUGUAAUAUACUGUAAUAAAAACAAUUGAA